UCUGGUUUUGUGCUGCGUUUAUUGUGUAGUAGGCAUGCGCAGUGUCGGUCUCAAGUGAUCCGUUUCGGGAUUUUGGGUGCAGUCAUGCGUAGCUCCAGUCCUGACUCUCAACUGAUCCGUUUUGGGUUUUGUAGGUUCUUGUGUGAAGAUCGGUUCCGCGCGCAAGUGUGAUGUGCGUCUCGUCUCGUCUCGCCUCCCCUUUGUAAACGCUUUGUUUGGGCGGUGCACUUAAUGAGAGCAGACAUCGUGAAGUCCACCAUCUUUGUGACGGUUUUUAUUUCCACGUAUUUAUAAGAGCGAGGGUUUGUGUUUUGCAUUAAUGUCGGUGGGCCUGGAGUCUGGGUUUUCCAGCGAGGAGGUGCUAAAUAUCCGCUUCCCUCUUCACCGCGCCUGCAGAGAUGGAGAUGUGGGCGCGCUGUGUUUGCUCCUCCAGUGCAGCGCAGAUCAGCUGGCCGUGGAGGACUCUUUCUACGGGUGGACUCCUCUACACUGGGCUGCACACUUCGGCAAGCUGGAGUGUGUAAUGCGUCUGGUGCAGGUGGGAUGUGGUGUGAACUCUGUGACCUCUCGGUUUGCCCAGACACCUGCUCAUAUUGCUGCCUUCGGGGGUCAUCCUCAGUGCUUGCUCUGGCUGCUGCAGGCAGGAGCUGAUAUAAACAGACAGGACUAUGUUGGAGAAACCCCCCUCCACAAAGCGGCCCGUGCUGGCAGCAUCGACUGCAUUAACACGCUCCUGGUCCAGGGAGCCAAGGCAGACAUGAGGAACGCUAGUGGACUGACCGCCGCUGACCUAGCCCAUGCCCAGGGCUUUCAAGAGUGCGCCCAACUGCUUUCCAAUGCCCAGAACCAGCAGCUCAAUCAGCGUAACGGGUUCUCAGCCAAUGGCUCUGUGUGCUUUGGGGACCGCAAGCUAAUCCAAGAGCGUGGCAUCCUUAAUGGGGUUCCCAGCCGAAAAAGGUCUCUUGAUUGCAUGGAGUCUAAUCUAAUUAAAAAGGCCAGAACAGAUGAUCUCGGUUAUCAGCCGAUGAAUGGAGUAAACGGAUCCAGUAGAGAGGACCAGAUGGAGAACAUGCACAUGGAGUUUGGCCAAGCGCUGAGUACCCCAGCAGGACUCCCAUUAAAUGGACACUGCUAUCCUGUGCAGCACCUCAGUGGAGGUGACCUGAUGCAUGAGAACGUAAAUGGAAAUGCAGCCGAGGUUGUGGGUGUCUCCUCACGUCCUGGUUGCUUUGAAAAUGGCCUUCAUUUUGGGCAUCAUAAUGGCUUCGGAGAUACGGCUGAGAACAUGGAGGACGCCAGCAGUCAGAUAGAGCAUCGCAAGUCAGUCAGUGUAGAGGAGCAGUAUGACCACAUCACCUUCAACACCAUGCACCUCUACCAUGGGUGUUAGGACGUCCCGUCCAGACUCAUAUGCUUUUUAUAUAUCCAUAUAGAAUGUGCUGAAUUGCUUUAAGUCCGUGUCCUUUUAAAUGGACACUGUAUUUGUAUUUGUGUUGUUAAAAAAAAGUGCAAUCUUUUCUAAUUUGGGUCAUUUAAUUGAGUUGGAGAAUCCGGAGGCCGUUCAUUUUUUAUGCAUUAUUUGUAAGUACAUUUAUUGUAU